UCUGCACACAGUAAGCGCUCAAUAAAUACGAUUGAAUGAAUGAAUGAUGGGUUCAACUGUUCCCUUCUGUUCGAAAUAUAUUUCUUCUUUGCACCAUAUAGUGCUUCCCAGCAUGUAUUUUUUUUCUUAAGACUUCUAAUUCUAGGUCCUUAAGCACAGACAACUAGUAUCGUACAGGUGGCUCACCCUUAAGCUUUUCUUCUGCCAUUACCAGAAAUGGAAGCCCAUUCUGAAUGCUCAGCUAUUUUGCACUGUGGAAGAAUUUGGAUGCUGUGAUCACACAGAACCUCUAGAUACCUAAAGGAAAAGAGAUUUUUGUUUAGCUGUAAGGAAGACCCUGUUGAUUAACAGUGAAAUGAAACACUGGAAUUGGCUAUAUAGUGAAAUAUAAAUGCUUCUCAAAAUUUAGAAAAAUCAACGUAGUUCUAAAAUAGGGAGAAAUUGGUAGAACUCGGUUUGGAAAUGCUUCAUGCAAGGCUACUCAGAAUGACCUAAAAGCAUAGCAUUAGUCAUUUGUUUAGAAUGCAUAGUUGUAACUCUGCAUUCUGAAGAAGGGUAAUAUCUUUUACCCUGGCGAUAUUGAAGAGCAUGGACACUUCCCUUUUCCCUGGGUUAUUCACCUGGCUGGUUGUUUGAAGUGGUUCCUUCCAGCUCUGUGAUUGAAUAAGCCAUUAUGCAUGUCUCUCUUACCAGGUUUUUAUGUUUCCUUUGGUGUUUAAAGCUUGUGCUUGUCUUCUCCAGCCCAGCUUUCUCUAUAACGGUGCCCUGCUUGAAAGAACUUACAGGGCAUUUCUGUAUGAUGAGAGCAUUUUCAAUGGAAGCCGUCGAUGUAGCAUCUCUAAUUCUCGUGCUCCGUCGGAGUACACCAGCUUCUUUGGGUCAGGAUCUCGGGCUUCAUCCAGAGCCAGUUCUGCUCGGGCGAGUCCAGUGGUUGAGGAGAGGCCAGAAAAAGAUUUCCUUGAAAAGGGAGGACGGAAUGUGCCUGGCUUGUCAGCUGCUACCCUUGCCUCUCUGGGUGGUACUUCUUCUCGGAGAGGUAGUGGUGAUACCUCCAUCUCUGUUGAUACUGAAACGUCCAUUCGGGAAAUCAAAGAGAUCAAUGAGUUAAAGGACCAGAUUCAGGAUGUAGAAGGCAAAUACAUGCAGGGAUUGAAAGAAAUGAAGGACUCACUUGCCGAAGUUGAGGAGAAGUAUAAGAAGGCCAUGGUGUCCAAUGCUCAGCUAGACAAUGAAAAGAUGAAUUUCAUGUACCAGGUUGAUACUCUGAAGGAUGCAAUGAUGGAGCUAGAAGAACAACUGGCAGAAUCUAGGCGACAGUAUGAAGAGAAAAACAAAGAAUUUGAAAGGGAGAAACAUGCCCAUAAUAUAUUACAAUUUCAAUUUGCUGAAGUCAAGGAGUCUUUGAAGCAAAGAGAAGAAAUGCUCGCAGAAAUCCGACAGCUACAACAGAAAAAUGAGAGCUAUAUCAGGGAGAUUUCUGAUCUUCAGGAAACAAUAGAAUGGAAAGACAAAAAGAUAGGGGCAUUAGAAAGACAAAAAGAGUUCUUUGAUUCCAUAAGGAGUGAACGUGAUGACCUUAGAGAUGAAGUAAACACGAUGAAGGAAGAAUUAAAGAAACAUGGAAUUAUUCUGAUUUCUGAAGAAGCCACUAAUGGAGAGAUUUCAGGGGGGCCAACUUAUGAAGGAUCCCUGGGGUGCCCUGCCAAAGCAGUUGAAGAGGCACAAGAAAAGGCACAUGCCCUAAAGGGAGCAGGAGACGAGACAUUAGGAAGAGCCAAUGAAGUGGAGAUGAAAAAUGAGAUUUUGGACAAAGUGGGGAAAAGAGAAAUCUUGCAGAACACUGAGCAUGAGCAACACAAAGAGGACACUGUAAAGGACUUUACGGAAAUAAAGACUUUACAUCCUGAUGAAAAUGCAGAGUCUAAGAAAACCAUUGAAGACAAUGCCACAUCACCAGGGAUGUUAGCAAAUAGUGAAAAUGAGGAGCAAAUUAGAAGCGAAAUUCCAGAGGGUAAUUCUUUUCUGCCAAGUGGAGGGCAAGUUAAGUUUAGCGAGGAUGGGUACAUAUCAAGUGAUAAGACUUUAGCUUUCUCAACAGUUACUAAGGAGUCUGACCACUUGAGUGAUUUAAAUCAUGAAAACUUGAAACACAGCCAGGAAACACCAGGUACACACCAGCAUCCUGGGGAUGUGAUUGUCCAAUAUGAAAGCCAAGAAUUUGUCCCAAAGCAGCAAAAAGACCAACCCAAAGAUUUAAAAUCUAGUGAAGGAGAGGAUAUUGGGAAACCACCCCCUGAAUCUGGUUAUUUAGGAACAUCAGAAGUUGCAGUAGCUUAUGCAGUUAAUGAAAGUCAAAAUGAAUCAGUGAGUUUAGUUGAUACAUCAGAGGUUCUGCCUGUUUUCUCAGACAGUGGUCACCCUUUGGGAGAACACCACCACGACAUGCCAAAGGGGAAAGAAAAUGAUAACAGUGAGAGAGUUGAGACUGGAGAUAGAAUUCCUCCAGAUUUGGCCUGCAAAAUGAAUCCAUCAGAAUCUGGAAAUGAUAUAGAAAUACAAAAUGAAAAUGAUUUGGUAGAUAGCUCUAAAGAGUUGAAAGAAUUGAAUGACAUAGAAAAGGACCAAGGAAAUGGGGAAGCAUGGAAGCCUAAGGAAUCACUUCUAGACACUAGUCUUCAGAAAGAAGACCAGAAUAAAGAAGUCGGUCCCAAAAUCAGUGAAGAUAAGGAAACUGAAUUGAAGGAAGAGGAGGUAUCCCAGGUAGAAACUCAAAGAAUUCAGUGUUCUCCAGCUGAGAGUAGUCAGCCUGAAGCAGUAGAUGAUAGCACCUUGGAAAUGGAAGGUGAAUCUCCAAAUUUAACUGUUGCUCUUGAAGUAAAAGAUGGUAAAGAGGCAGAGGCUGGUAGCCAGGAAAUGGGUAUUUCUGAUCAACAGGAAGGAACAAUUGAAUUGAGCAGUGACACAAGUAAUUCAUCACAGAAAAAAACAAAGAAUAAGAAAAAGAAAAACAAAAAAAAAAAAAUGCUGUCUACCCCUAGUGAGUCCUUUGAAGAUGUUAAAAGUGAGGCGGUGUUCCAAGACUUAAGUGAAGUUAAAGAGGAGCAGGUAGAAAUUAAGGAUUGCAUUCAGCCAACAGAAGAGCAAGAUGUGGUAGCUGAGGUUCAAGGGCAGGAAACUUUGGCAAGUACUAGUAAGCCUGUGGAAUGUCCUGAAAAACCUAAAGCUGAGUUAGAGGGGAAGCUUAAUCAAGAGAUAGAUGAAGUAAAGGAUCAAGAAAAUGAAAGUACAAUGGAAGAGGGUGAAAAAGGGAGUCCUGAUGAUGAAACAAUACCAGCCUUCGAAGUUAAUGGGCCCGGAGAAUCGGAUAAUACAGAUAAGCCCCAAAUUGAUAGCACAUUAAAGGACACAAAUGGUAGUGCCCGAAAGAAUACCAUUGAACAAAGUACCCGUGAGUGCAAGCCACACGAGCUGAAGAAUGAGGAAGUAUCCUCGAGAACCCGACAGGAAAAUGCAGAUGUUUCAGAGGAAACUAGUGCCCUAACGCAAGAAGAAAUUACCAAGGAGGAAUCAGAGGAUCAAAUAGAAACUGCCGAAAGCGCUCUAGAUAGUAUCGAUGCAGAAAGAAUGGAUGACCCAGUAGAGCAGUUGGGAAAGUUCCCAUCAGGAAGCAAAGAGGAUAUCAGAGGUGGUAGCAAGGGGAAAGGUAAAAAUAAGGAAGAUUGCCUAUUAUCAUGAGUACAUGUAGGAGCACUGAUGCUGGUUGUGGAUCAUCAAAUCAGAUUAAGGAGAAAACAUUUAAAGGAAGAAAUGCAUUUUGCACAGUAUUUUAGGAAAAAGUGUUUGUCUUUACUGGUGAGAAUUAUAAAAUAUGUUGUAGGGAGUCUGUACUAUAUAUCACAAGUGACCAAGUUAUUUACUUCUGUUAAGACACAGAUUUUUAAAAAUCUAUUGACUCAUAUUUAAUCUCUUGAGUUUAGUCCAUAGCCUUAUCAUCAAAAUUAGAAGCUGGUGCAGAGUUAUAUUUGCUGAAGCUUAGCUAGCAGACAGAAACAAAUGACUAAUAAUAUUCACUCUUGUUUUCUGCUGAAAUUCAAAGUUACUUCAGUUUAUUUGAUUCCUUCCCUUAGCUUAUGUUAGUUUGCCUGCUUGUAGCCAUGCCUUUGCUACUUCAUUGAAACCAACAAAUAGCAUUUUGAUAUCAGUAAGCUAUACUGAAUCCUCAACUUGGCUUGCCUCAGACUUAAAAUAUAGUUGCUAAAACAAUUCCUCUCAUUUUAAUGGAUACCCUCUAAAGUAGUAUGUAACUUAUACCUUAUGAACUGCCAUAUUACGCUUAGCUGAAAAUCUUAUCUGCACCUUAUUAAAAAAAAAAACUUCAUUUUUUAAAAGUGAAGCCUGAAAGUCUUAAAGCUGUUAGUCUUUAGAAAGGAAUAAAUAGCUAUGUGUGUCUACAAAAUCAAGUCUUCUGAAAAAUAUUUUAAAACAUAUUUGGACUUUUUCAUUGUUUUGUAGUAAAGUUUUAGUUCACUUGAUGUGGGCAGAUUUUCUCUCAUACAUUUUUUGCAAAAUGAUAAAAUGUUUUGUCUGAGAGAUUGUUUAAAUAGCAUUUUGCAUUUUGGGGGGAAGAAGUAUAAUUUUUUAAAUGGCUCUUUUUGCUGGAAAUUCAUUUUUUGAAUGAAUUUUAUUGAGUAGUUCUGACCAAAGAUACUUAGUACUGUUCAAAAGCAAGCUCCUAGUAACAAAAUGGAUUUGAGUUUUAAAUAACAGAAUUCAUCCUAAUUGCCACCUGGAAUACCAGCAUAUUUUUGCUUAUUAAUUUCCUCAUGGAAAAUUCUAGAUUUGACCUGCCUGAAGGAAAUGUAUGUUUUGUAUGUUAAAAAUAAGUGUUAAAAUGUUGUUCAAAUGUUAAAAUCCAAAGGGAAUGCAUAUUAUGAAAACUGUUGACAUGUGUAGUUCUAUUCUUUGGCUUUGUUUUGCUGUUACACAAGAAAACUGAGUGCCCAUAGACCAAAUCUUUAACAGUAUUUGAUAUAACAAAUGUACUGAGUUGUAUAUAAUUGAAAUAAAAACAU